CCACGUUGCCAUGGCACUUGGUGACACUUGUCCCCGUGAGGCCAAUAAAGGCGCCCGUUGCCCUCGGCUCGGAGACAACGCCCGGCCCGGCGGGGACAGGAGCUCACCUCGGGCAGCAGGACCCAGCCGUGCCCGAGCCCUCCGCCCGAAAAUGCCGCGGCCCUCGCAGCCCCUCUCGCUCCUGGUCCUGCUCGUUCUCGCUGCCACCGCCCGGGGACAGACCAGCACCGGCCCAAAGGUGCUGCAGCCCUGGCUCCUGGGCAUCACUGCCGUCGUCGUCUUCCUCUUCAUCGUCUUCGUGGUGCUGAUCGUUAACCGGUUCUGGAAUCUCAGGAUGAGCAGGAGAGACUGUAGUGCAUGA